AUGAGAAUUUUACUAUUCUCAAUUCUCUUUGCAUUGUGCGAAUCUCAACGACUUGAAAAAGCGAGAUCAGUUUGGGUAGAGCAAGGAUUGGUGCGUGGAAAUAUUUUUGAAAUUGAGGGAGUUCAUAUGCAAAUGUUUCGUGGUAUUCCAUAUGCUGAACCACCAAUUAAUGACCUGAGGUUUAAGGUGAGUAAAACUUUUUUUGGACUCAUACAAACACUUCGAGUUUCUGGUGUUAUUUUGCUGCACAUGAUGAAAAAGUCGCAUAAAUAAAUGAGAAUAUGUUUCCAGAAACCUGUGAAAAAAGCUCGCUGGCAUCAAGAACUAUCAGCAACUGAAUAUGGACCACCCUGUUUACAAUUUAUGGAUUUUCACAAAAAUGAUAAAUUUGCCAAGGAUAAUAUGGAAAAACAAAGUGAAGACUGUUUAUAUUUGAAUGUUUUCAGUCCAUAUGUAAGUUUCCUCUAACCUUGUUCCCAUUUUUUCACACUACUAUUUCGCAAUACCACUUUUUUUUUCUCUAACCUCUUGACACUCUCCCAUCUCUCGCUCUCUUUUCGCUCGCUGCAUUUUUCUCUUUUCUCCCCACUUUAUAUUUGAAAACACACAAUGUGUAUUCACUGGCCUCCUUAGCUCAGUUGGUAGAGCGUGAGACUUUUAAUCUUAAGGUCAGGGGUUCGAGUCCCCUAGGUGGCUUGAUUUUUUUGUAGGAUAACGAUGAUGAAUCGAAGACUUAUCCGAUCUUGGUUUGGAUUCAUGGUGGAUCAUUUUUAGCUGGAUCUGGUGACACUGGAAUUGAUAUCAAUAUUGUGGCGAAAAAUUUGGUGAAAAGAGGAAUUGCUUUUGUAUCAAUCAACUAUCGGCUUGGACCAUUGGGUUUUUUGAAUUAUCCGAAUGGCGAGAAAUUGGAUGGAAAUUUUGGAAUUUGGGAUAUGGUUAUGGCGUUGCAAUGGAUUCAAGCAAAUAUGAAACAGGUUUGAGAUUUUCAUAGAGAUUAGAAAAUAUGUUAAAUUGGUUUUCAGUUCAAUGGAGAUCCUUCAAAUGUAACAAUUAUGGGAGAAAGUGCUGGUGGAGCUGCGUCGAGUUUGUUGGCAUUGUCUCCAAAAACGCAAGGUAUGAAACGACUAUUGAAAAAAAAAAUUAUAUUUUAUGAAACUCAAUUUCUCAGGUUUGGUUCAUCGAGCGAUUAUCAUGAGUGGUUCCUCUCUCGCCGGUUGGGCUGUUCAUCGACACAGUCAACCAGCGUAUGCAAUUGAUAACAUUGUUCAAUAUUUAAGGUACAAUUACAGAAUUCGAUUUUUUUCAACUUCGAAUUUCUUCCAGAUGUCAAAAAUUCAUCAGUGAAUCCGAUACCCGUGAAGUUGUCGGUGAUGAAUAUCAAAAUCUUAUGAAAAAAGAUGGAAAGGUUAAACUUUGCAAUUACCAACAUAUGAAAAUCAAUUGUCUAACAGCUGAUAUGCAAUUGGACACAAAAUUAGACUGUCUUCGAAAAGAAUUGAAUUUCACAAAUGCAUUGUUCCGAAAAGCAUUAGCAACUGAAUUGGGUGUUUCAAAAAUGGUGGUUGACGGCGAUUUGAUACCAAGCUCUGGUGUAACUUUGGCUGAACUUAAUGCAAGAAUUCCAAUUAUGACUGGAGUUGCCAGAAAGGAAUGGGGGCAUAAAAAACGUAUGUUUUAUUACAAUGUGAACAUUACUAAUAUAUAGAUUUCCAGCACUUUUCUAUAACAUGCAUCAAAAAGGAGGAUUGACUAGAAAUGAUGUUUCUGAACAGAUUUAUCGUAUAAUUGAUAAUAAUUUUCAUGAAACAACAUCUGAAAAAAUGUCAAAUUCAACUGUUCAGUUAUUAGCAAAUGCGACACUUAUCAGAUAUACUCCUUAUUUAUCAGAACCUUCGAAGGGAUUCAAUGCAAAUCAAGUUGUUGGAGCACUUCAGAAAAUUGAAUCUGAUAUUGAAUUUGUUGCGCCAUGUCAAAGAGAAAUUGAAGCAUAUGCGGAGAGAGGUGUCAAAGUUUUUGCGUAUUCGUUUGAUUAUGUUCCGAUGGAUACUAUUUAUGAGACUGUAAGUGAGGUCUUACCCCUACGUUUUUCAGCUUCAAAGAAUUUUAUCUCAUUCCCCCCUAGUGAAGCCCAAUCUUUUUGUAUGUCCAAAGUUUAUAACACAACAUCCUAAUCUUCUCUAAUUAAAUUUUUGACUAAUUCCAGGAGCGCAAAGUUUUUGCUCUUUUCGGUGACAAAGCUGUAGAGAUCAAAAGAACGGAAAAGGAGAAAAACGGUAACAUAUUUUCCCCCUAAUUUAAUCAAAAAAUUUUUUUGCAGAUUUGAAAGAAGCAUUCCACGGCCUUGAUCAUGCUUUCAUUUUCACAAAAGGUUAUACAAGUAAUUUUGAAAUUGAGCCAUAUAGCAAAAAAGACGAGAGAAUGUCUCAACUUUUAUGCUCGAUGAUAACGAAUUUUGUGAAAACUGGAGAUCCAUCAACUCAACGAUUUUCUUGGCCAGCAUAUACUGUGAAUUCUACGCAACAUGUUUCAAUUAAUAUUCCUCCGAAAUUGGUUGAUGGAGAUAUUCACUGGCCUGAUGCAAAUUUCUGGAAUGUUGAGGCUGAAUUGAUUAGUAAAUAUAUUGCGAUUGAUGCUGAAACGGCUGUAAAUCCUGAUGCUGAUUUAACAAAUGAGGAAAGAGUUCAGGUAAUUUUGUUAUUUCAGAAGAAAAGAAAAUCUGAAUAAUAUUUGAAAAAUUUGUUUCAGCUCUCUGCUUAUCGUCGAUCCUGGUAUGCUCUUUGGGUAAUUGUCAUCGUUCUCUCACUUAUUCUUUGGUCAUUUGUUGGCUACUGUACUUAUCACAAAUCGAAAAGUGCUCGAAACAAACCAUACGAUAAUAUUCUACUCCCAAAAUAA